AUGGCCACAGGCCCGCCUGGAGAGAGGCUGCGGGAGGAGGCCAGGUGCCCGGUGUGCCUGGACUUCCUGCAGGACCCCGUCAGCAUCAACUGUGGCCACAGUUUCUGCUUAAGAUGCAUCUCUGAGUUCUGCAAAAAGUCUGAUAGCGCCCAGGGCGGCGUCUAUGCCUGUCCCCAGUGCAGAGGCGCCUUUGACCCAGAAGGCUUCCGUCCCAACCGGCAGCUGGCCAGCCUGGUGGAGAGUGUGCGGCAGCUGGGGCUCGGCGCGGGGUCCACCAGCGUGCGCCUCUGCCUGCGCCAUGGAGAGGAGCUGAGCCGAUUCUGCGAGGAUGACCAGGUGGCCCUGUGCUGGAUCUGUGACACCACCCCUGAGCACAGGAACCACCUCACGGUGCCCCUGCAGCAAGCUGCUGGAUCCUACCAGGUAAUACUUCAAACAUCCCUAGGGCUUGUGAGGAAAGAGUUGGAGGAAGCCUUGACUCAGGAGGCCAAUGUGGGGAAGAAGACCAUCGUCUGGAAGGAGAAAGUAGAAAUGCGUAGACAACGUUUCAGGUUGGAAUUUGAGAAGCAUCGUGGCUUCCUGGCCCAGGAGGAACAACUACAGCUGAGGAGGUUGGAGGAAGAGGAGCGGGCAACCCUGCAGAAGCUACGAGAGAGCAAGAACAGGCUAGCCCAGCAAAGCAAAGCCCUGAAGGAGCUGGUGGAAGAGCUGGAGGACAGAUGCCAGCGCCCUGCCUUGGGCCUCCUCCAGGAUGUAAGAGCAGUCUUGAACAGAAGUAAAAGUAUCACAAGAUUAGAACCAGAAAUAAUCCCUAUGGAACUGAAGACAAUGUGUCACAUCCCUGGGAUGAGAGAAAUGCUAAGAAAGUUCCAAGUUAACAUAAAGCUGGAUCCUGCCACGGCUCAUCCUAGCCUACUCUUGACUGCAGACCUGUGCAGUGUGCAGGAUGGAGAACUGUGGAAAGACGUCCCCAACAACCCAGAGCGCUUUGACACAUGGCCCUGCGUCUUGGGUUUGCAGAAUUUUUCAUCAGGGAGGCAUUACUGGGAGGUUGUGGUAGGAGAAAGAGCAGAGUGGGGCUUAGGUGUCUGUCAAGACACAGUGGCAAGAAAAGGGGAAACAACUCCAUCUCCUGAGAAUGGGGUCUGGGCCAUGUGGUUGUUGAAAGGGAACGAGUACAUGGUCCUUGCUUCCCCAUCUGUUCCUGUCCUCCAAAUGGAGCGGCCUCGCUGUGUUGGAAUUUUCUUGGACUAUGAAGCUGGUGAAAUUUCCUUUUACAAUGUCUCAAAUUGGUCUUACAUCUACACAUUCAACCAAAUCUUCUCUGGUGUUCUACGACCAUAUUUUUUUGUCUGUGAUAUGAAUCCUCUUAUCUUGCCGCCUAUUACAGAAAUGGAGUCAGAGACUUGGGCAUCCAGGGAUCAUCUCAACUCUGCUGCUAAUUUUAGAGAAGAUCAUUCCUGA